AUGUUCGGUCUCACAGAAGUGCGAUGCGCCAGGGUCCCGUUCACAAGUGACGCAACAAUACUCGAUGGAAGACCGUUCAUGAGAUAUGUGAAACUCUAUACCGAGGAGGGCCGUAGAAAUGGGGGGCGCGAGCGACCAUCUCUGGAACGAGCCGAAAGCGAUACAACAGCCGUUGAGAAGAACCUGACGUCUGCGAGCGCUCAUAGCUCCAGCUUUUUGCGGCGAAACCCAUUCUGUGGAAUAUCACCGCGGCAGAAGCUUAGCCUGACGAUCAUCGGCGCGGCAUGGAGCGAUACCCACAGUCCCUCUGGAAAGACGCCAUGUCAUGUGCUCCGCCGCACGUUCCCAGUUGCGAAUGGCGAACAACUGCGGCUCACGAACCAUCUCUCUUCAUGCAGUACGCUUCUAGAAGCAAAGGAUUGGCCGACCUUGACCAAGCUUCCGUCUCGGCCUUGUGCCCACCUUGCAUAUUGGCUGCCCUAUCGCAUGCCCAUAGUGUUUGAUUCUGUGUCUGCUUUUCUAGAAGUGUCAGACAACCCGUACGACAGGCACUACGACUUCAAUGCGCAACCUCUCUGUUUCGCUAUUGUCUUUGGAUUGUGCGUAAGUGACCCGAGCGGCAGCGGCGAGUCCGCACGGCCAGAGUCGAUCACGCAAAGUGGCUUGCGGCGACAGACUCCUCCCGCGUAG